AUGGAGGUGCCCGGGCUGAUGAAGGCCUGGGUGUACGACGUUUAUGGGGACGCCGGCGUGCUCAAGCUGGACGAGGCCGCGGCUGAGGACCAGGUGCUCGUCAAGGUCCUCGCCGCAGCGAUAGAUUUACAUGGACCAUUGACAACUUUCAGUUCCCAUUCCCUGAAACAUGUUUUUGCAUUAAGUGAAGUGAGGGUUGAAGGUUUGGAGACCUUGAACUAUCUUGACAACUUGCAAUCCAAGAAUCGUUGUACUGAACAAGGAGAUGCAGUUGUAUUUGAGUCUGAAGUGGACAAGGUAUAUUUGAGUGCUCCGCCAAAGAUUGUGAUCAUUGACCACGAGAAGAAAAGAACAUUUGUUUUGAGGAAAGAGGGACUUCCUGAUGUUGUUGUUUGGAACCCUUGGGACAAGAAGGCCAAAGCAAUGCCAGAUUUCGGGGAUGAGGAGUACAAGAGCAUGCUAUGCGUGGGGGCUGCAGCUAUUGAGAAGCCAAUUACUUUAAAGCCAGGUGAAGAGUGGAUAGGAAAGCAGGAAAUUUCGGCUGUACUAUCCAGUUACAGCAGCGGACAAUUGGAUCCUGAACUGAUUCGUCGAAUGCACACAAUAUAA